CGGGGUCGUCCAAUGUGUUCUGAUGUGGACUCUCGGCGACGACACCAUCGCGACUGCGCAGCGUAACUCACGUUUAUCAGCCGUGACCAUGAACUCCAUCCGGUAACGCGCAAGAACCUGUCAACACGCGAGCCACCUUUCUUCAUGCUCAAUCAUGCCUCGCACCAGGGAUCUGGGCGACAAUUCUCUCACCAAAGCACAAAUCAAAUACGUCAAAGCCAAGCUGAGAAACAUCAUGCGUCAAAAAGCAGCCCUGGACCUGGAAAACACCAACUGGUUCACCACAGAAACUGCACGCUUAGCCCCUGAACAGUACAUCAAUGUGGAGAUGAUCAAAGCGAAGAUCAUGAACAACGAAUACCGCACACUCAAUGACAUUAGAGAUGACUUUGAGCUUUUGGUGGGAAAUGUCGUUUGGGGUUUUGGUAGUUUGUGUAUGGAGGCUAUCAAUGCUCGUGCUGUGCGUGAUGAGUUUUACAAGCAGAUGCUGGGUUGUCCUGCGGCUCCUGGCGGUGGUGCUGACGAAGACGAGGACGAUGAUGAGGAGUAGAACGGUGAGCAGUGGAUUGAGUCUUGAUCACGCACGCUGACAAGUAUCCUCCAGCAAGAGAAGAAACAACACCAAAUCACUCGUUGUAUGCAGCUUCACUCUAUCUCGCGUCCUCGUCACUUCCAUAGGCUUCGG